GGAGUGAAUCAACUCGGUGGUGUAUUCAUAAACGGCCGUCCAUUGCCUAACUAUAUUCGUAGUAGAAUAGUUGAUUUAGCAAAAAACGGCGUAAGACCGUGUGAUAUAUCUCGUAGGCUUUUGGUUUCUCACGGAUGCGUAAGCAAAAUAUUAGGACGUUAUUAUGAAACAGGAUCAGUUCGCCCUGGUACAAUUGGAGGAAGUAAACCUAAAGUAGCAACACCGACAGUGGUAGCAAAGAUAGAACAGUUUAAGCAUGAGAACCCAAGCAUAUUUGCCUGGGAAAUCAGAGAAAAGCUAAUAAACGAAAAAGUGUGCAAAGAUGAAACAGUUCCAAGUGUGAGUUCUAUUAACAGGGUAUUGCGACAUCGAGCCAUUGAAAAGGCUGCAGCUUCAGGUCUUGCUUUAUACAGGGGUCAAUCAGUUCAUCCUUACCAUCAUACAUACUGGAGAAUACCAAAUAUCGCUACGUCGCAGAAUAAGUAUUACCGCUCAGAUACAAACUACGCGUCUACAGAAAGUACUAAAAAAACCGCCCUUAAAGCUAAUGAAACAAACAAACCUCGCCGUAAUAGAACUACAUUCACUGGUAAGCAAUUAGAAGAAUUAGAAAAGGCAUUUCAGAUAAAUCAAUAUCCCGAGGUGAAUUCUAGAGAGGAUUUAGCAAAACAAGUAGCCUUAUCCGAAGCUCGCGUACAGGUCUGGUUUUCGAAUCGUCGUGCGAAAUGGCGACGAGCUCAAAGGCUU